UAGGAGAACUAGUCUAUGUUUACUAAAUGUGCCGAAAGAGAAUGCAAAAAGUUAAAUAACUCUACUAAUAAUGGUAAUGGAAAAACAUAACAAGUCCCAAAGAGAAAUGGUUAAUUCUCGUAAGCACUUUGCCCAUUUACAAGAACAGCUCAAACACAUUGUCAUGGAGAGAGAUGUACUAGCAAACGAAAGAGACAAAAUGUCCGCCAUAAUUCGACACCUUGAAUCCCAGUUAUCCAUCCUCCGACAGGGUGGGUGUGGGUGUGAAAAGACCACAUUCUCAGGCCGACUCCUCUUGCCUAAUUUACAUGCGAUGACCGCUCAGCCUAGACUGGAGAACAGGCGACUCACAGAUCCUUAUUUUAAGGAUUUAAAUCCGAAGCAUCCUCCACAGCAUAGACCCUCAGAUCCUAGUCUUAGAUACCUGUCUCACCACACAGCUGGAGCAACACGUCCUAAUAAUCUACCACUUGGUAUUGCUCCAGGUGGUAGUCAUUAUCCUCCUUCAAUAUCCUAUCAAGACACUCCUCUACCUCUUGACGUGAGAGUACCGUCCACAUCAAGAAUGUUCCAUCAGUCGCCUGGUUCUGAUUCGUCAGCUGAUGGUCUAACACCAAAUUAUUUUAAAGUAUCUGCUAGUGCUGAUGAUCUGGUGGUGAGGAUCGUAACUCUAUCCAUUCCUUUGGGUCUAAUCACA